GUUAUUAUGGAUAUACAGAGAUUGCUCAAACUUUAACAGAAGAAUCAAAUAUUCCUAUGGAUCAAAAUGCUAGUACAGAAUUAUCUGAUUUACUUUAUGCUGCAACAUAUUCGUCAAAGGAUGAAGAUGAAGAUGAUGAUGAUGAUGAUGAAUAUGAUAUUCCUGUAAUAGUUGAUGAUAUAUCUUAUUCUGAUGAUGAAAUCCAAAGUGAAGAUAUCCCAACAAAACAUUUAACUGAAAUAGAUCCCGAAACGAAUCAUGAACCGAAACAGACUCCAAAUUAUAAUCUUUGGUAUAUAACAACUCAUCGAGCUGCAGCCACAUGUGUAAGAUUUAAGAAAGAUGGAAAAUUUGCGGCUACUGGUUCGGCUGAUUCAUCACUUAAGGUUCUUGAUACUAGCAAGAUGAAAAGUCAUUCAGAUGAAGAUAGGCCCGUUAUAAGGACUUUAUAUGAUCAUACUGGUCGUGUAAAUGAUUUAUCAUUUCAUCCAAAUGGACUUACAUUGGCUUCAUGUUCGGAUGAUCGUAAUAUAAAAUUAUUUGAUAUUGCAACACAAGGAAUUAAACGAUCAUUUCGAUUUUUACGGGAUAAAUAUCCAGUCAGAUCUAUUGAUUUUCAUCCUACCGGAGAAUAUAUGCUAGCAGGUACCGAUCAUGAGGCUAUCAGAUUUUGGGAUGUUCAAAAUAUUAAAUGUUAUAUUCCAUCUAAUUCACAAUCCAAUCAUAGAUUAAGUAUAACUAAGGUUCGAUGGAAUUCAAAUGGUGGGAAAUUCGUUACUUCUUCACUUGAUGGUAGUAUAAAGAUAUGGGAAGGAGAAAAUGGAGAUUGUAUUCAAACGAUAGAUAAUGCUCAUAGUGGACAAGCAGUUUCAAGUGUAGAAUUUUCCAAAUCUGGGGCAUAUGUACUUUCUAGUGGUUGCGAUUCUACAUCCAAAUUAUGGGAUGCUAAUAAUGGAAAAUGUAUUGUAACUUAUGAAGGGGCUGUUCAUCGAAAUAAUCAUGUACAAUCUACUUUUUUGUGUGAAGAAGAUUAUGUUAUUAGUAGUGAUGAAAGUGAUAAUUCUAUAAUUUGUUGGGAUUCACGUACUGGAAAAUUACUUACACGUUGGUCUGGUCACACAGGAAUUGUUAGAUAUGUUGCCGCUUCACCUACAGAAUCAGGAUUUAUGAGUUGCGGGGAUGAUUUUCGCGUUAGGUAUUGGAAUUUGGAUCCGAUGCAAUCUUAAGAGAUUUUUUUUGAUAGUAUCAAGAAAAAAUAAAAAAAAGAGUUUUUUAGCUUUUCUCGGCU